GCUCCUAUUUGUGUUUAUUGGCAUUUUGCUAUAAUAAUUACAAAAUUUUUUAAAAAUCGUAAAGAAACAAGAGAGUCUACAAAACAAUAAGGAAGCAUUUUGAAAACGCAAACUUAGGUUGCGGUUAACCUUUAAUACCUAAAUAUUGCUUAAUAAGCUUUCGCUCGAACAAAAGAGACCAUUUUCUUUGCUUCAAAUGUCAAGCACAUCAUUUUUCAUACUUUACAGAAGGAAUUUUACUACUUCUAGAAAACAGACUCCAUAAAAAUGUUUUACAAUUUGUUAAGAAAGAAAGAAGAUAAAAUGUUAACGCUACUGUUACAUAUAUAUUACCGUCCUUGAAAUGACAAUUCUAAAUAAAAUAGAACAUUUUAUUUGGCAUUUAUAAAUUUAUACUCUCGAAAAAUGCGAGAAAUUUGAAAAAUGAAAUUUGCGAAAGAGUUCUUGAUUUUCUAAGACCACACAGAUGUAUAUAGAGUUUUGUUUAAAAUCUUCAGAAAAUAGACUCUACCAAAAUAAUUGGCAAAGAAUGGCAAUCAAAGAAAGAAAAGAUUAGUUCAGGUUUAAUAAAAAUGUAUAAAAUACAUCACCGUAUUGACUUUUUGGCAUACUGUUUUUACACGACAAUUCUAUGAAAUUUUAUUCUUUGAAGUUUCUUUUAUGACAGAACGGUUACAAAUUAUUCUUUCUAUACAUCGAUUAGUAUUUUUGAAUAAUAUCAAUCAAUGUAUAUAACGACUGAUUUAUAAUAUUAUAUUUUGCUUUUAUCCAAAUUAUUUUUUUGCGCAAUUAUAAUGAACGAUUGUAUGAUUAUUCAUAUUGAUUUAGGAUUAGAACAGAUCAGAUUAGGAAGCACGUUAUGGCAAAUGCUGAGGAGAAAUGGGCCGUACAAGAAACUCAAACCUUCGAAGAAUCCUUUCAAUGGCCAGCCAUUUAUGAAGGGCGUUGUUUUGAAAACCGUCAUCAAGAAACCGAAAAAACCUAAUUCCGCGAAUCGCAAAUGCGUCAUUGUACGAUUAUCGAGCGGUCGGGAAAUGACGGCAUAUGUUCCUGGAAUCGGUCACAAUUUGCAAGAGCACAAUAUAGUACUCUGUAGGGUUGGCCGAUUGCGAGAUGUACCUGGUGUCAAAAUAAAAUGCGUUCGCGGAAAGUACGACUUGCCACAUGUAGCUAAACGCGAAUAGUUUACAAUUAGCUGCUAUCAACAUCUAUCUGUCAUCAUUUUUUUAACGAGCAUUGACGAUAUUUUCGAGAUUGUUACAAAAUUUACGCUAAUCGAUCACGCAUGAAGGUGAUUGGAAAGUGAUUUUCGUCACGGUUUCGACAUAGUCCUUUGCAAAUUGCGGCCCUUUGACACAGUUUUGGAUCUGCACCCCGCAUUCACCGUUACCUGAACCAUGCGGCUUAACGGACAAUACGCAUCGGGAUGUCACAGUGGGAAAAGGGUUGUGGCAAGCCUCCGUUCUCUCGACAUUACGGCUGUGAACUUUACGCAUCUGCAGCCUGCAAUCUCCUUUCACCCACGCAGCCACUCACUAUUGACCAUAUGACAUGCUGACCAAUAUCCCGACAUUUUGGGAAGUCCGGCUCUCAACCUGAAUUGAAAUGUUCGCUUUUCGGCGACAAAGAAAAGCGUUCUGCAUAGAACCUUGCAUAAAUUUUCUUGCGUGGAGAACAGUAAAGAAAUCGUCGCCCAAUGCAUUUAUUACUUACGCAUUAUCUUAUAUACUUUUCCAUGUGUUAAAGUUGAGUUUUAAUCGUAUAAUUAAAUUUACAUUUUCGCAAAACUAAGAUGAUUGUUGUAUUGUAAAUGUAGCUCUUUUCAACAUUAAGUGCAGAGAAUUUAGAAAAUAUUUCAGAAAUUUCUUAUCUAUAUUUAUUUUUUCUUUCUAUAAAUGCAUAUUUUUAAUUAAAUGUAAUAUAUGUGUGCGUGUGAAUGAGAACCUAUUAUAGAAUACGCCUCGGGUUGCCCCGAGGGAUGAUGAUAGCGCCAAGCGCCACGAGGCGUGCGUACGCCAGAAUGUUCUAUUAAACUUUCAUAACGUGUGUUCCCUCUAUUUUGUAAGAAACACAGCUGACGUCAUCGGUGAUUAUUACUCACACAAGUUUAUAAGUUUAGAGAUUGAUAAUAAAUCUUUUAUGUGUGAUAG